CAUUCAGAGCUUUCGGAAGCCGCACCCUCCAUAGCACGGCGUCCUCCAUGUAGAGCUUCAGCAGCUGAGGCAGCAAUGGGGGCAUCCUGCCUUGUUUUGUAUUCUUUGUCUGUCUUAACUGAAGGAACAUCCUGUACUAUUUCUUGGAUGCUUUCUUUUUUCCUGUAUGUUCUGUUACUAUUUCAAAAGGCACAAAAAUUCUUCUAAUUUGUCAUUCUUUGCCGUUUGUUGUCAAUAUGUGGCCGUCAAACUAAUUACUUUUUCUUUGAUGUUUUUUUUUCUGUCUGUUCCGUUAUCAUUGAUAGUAGUGGAACCCGAUCCUUUUCCAGGAUCGUAUGAAAAGAAAACAUGUGGCUGUCAAACGGAUUACUUUUUAUUGGCUCAACUCAAACUAGCUAUGAACAUGCAUCUCUCUUUAUCUCUCAGUAGUUGUAUAUGUGCAUGUAACUGAGGGAAUACUACGGAAUAUAACAGGUAAUGUGUCUGCAGGUUGACGCACCCUUCACACAAACCUCUCCACGCCCUACCCGGCCGCUAAGAGAAUGAGUUUUCAGUCCUGGAACCAUCCUGCGGCGGUGCAGCAUAUUGUGCGCAAUGAACAAGCCAUAGUCGACAACCUUACUGAAGAUAACGCGACAAGGGUGUUGGCUAGCAGAAGGACAGCAGAGGGCGAACAGUUGUACUUAGUCUAUGAUCAGGGUAGUGCUGGGACUAGUCCCCCAAAUAAGCUGCUCGUCAAGAAGUUCCACAAUGCGAACCCAGCGCUACAAGUAGACGGCAAUGUCAUGUACCGCUGCAACUCGGAGAUGUUCCUGUUAGCCAACAUUUCUCACAAAAACAUCAUCAAAGUUGUAGACCAUAUCCAGAGGGAAGACGCAAUCAUGCUCAUUUAUGAGUAUCCGGUUCAUGGAAGCCUUCGAUCCUGGCUGCACCAACCCAUGGAUGCCGGUCGGCACCUGAGCUGGCCGGACAGGAGGGGCAUCGCCAUUGGUGUGGCCAGAGGGCUCCGCCAGUUACACCACAGAUGCAACAAACUGUUUGUCCACCACAACAUCAACUCUGAAAACAUCUUGCUUGAUCAGAAUUUCAAGGCCGUGAUAGCCAGCUUUGGCGCUGCACAGGUUAACAUGGCGGGGCUCGGCCAACCCUUGCCAAUCACGGACCUGCGUCCUGGUAACUUUGGGUACGCAGCUCCAGAAUAUGGGUUGGGGAAAAACCAGCUGACGGAGAAGGUAGACAUUUACAGCUUUGGAGUGCUGAUGCUGGAGCUUGUCACGGGGCGGAUGACCAAUGAAGCUACAACAGAUGGUCAUUUGGCGAAUUGGGCACAGAACAACUUCCGUACACUGAUGGCGAACCAACAGGAAGCAUUCCAGAAUGUUGUGGACAGGAGCAUACCAGAUCAAGCACGGUACAGGGAGGAGAUGGCAACUGUGUUCAUGCUGGGCGUGGAUUGCACUACUGUGGAUCCGAAGGAAAGGCCAUCCAUGCGGAUGGCUCUCAAACGACUCCGCCGCUGCCGUUGGCGUGCCCCAUUCCGUGGCCUCCUCACCGGCUUUCUGAUGUGACGCUCGUUGUUUUUUUUUUUUUGAAAGAACAUUCACGCAUGCAUGUAUGGACCAUAUGAUGACUCGUUUGAACU